AGAUACUGAUAAAGCUUUCGAAACUACUCAUAUCAGAAAAAUGCCCUCAAUGAAACUUCAAUGGAGAUCCUUGGUACCUGGCUGUUUUAUGGACAAGCACUCAUCCUUGGAAACCCCAAACAUAGUUUCCAAAAAGACAUCUUCUAGGAGAGUCUCCCUCUCUGAUGUGAGUGAUUUAUCAGAUUAUUCAUUACUCUCCAUCAUGAGUGAUUUAUCCAACUCUCUAGUGGGAUCAAAUCUUCAUAUUUUCACUUACCAGGAGCUCACAGAGAUUACACACAACUUCAGCAAAUCCAACUUUCUUGGGGAAGGUGGGUUUGGGAAGGUAUAUAAAGGGUUUAUUGAUGACAAGCUUAAGCCUACACUUGUUGCUCAGACAGUAGCAGUUAAGGCCUUAAACCUGGAUGGAAAUCAAGGCCACAGGGAGUGGUUGGCUGAAGUCAUCUUUCUGGGGCAGUUGAAGCAUUGUCAUCUGGUCAAUUUAAUUGGCUACUGCUGUGAAGAUGAGCACUGGCUUCUUGUGUAUGAAUACAUGGAGCGAGGCAAUCUAGAGGAAAAGCUUUUCAAAGGUUAUUUAGCAACCUUGCCUUGGCUAACAAGAAUCAAAAUAGCAAUUGGGGCUGCAAAAGGACUUGCUUUCCUUCAUGAAGAAGAGAAGCCAGUCAUAUACAGAGAUGUUAAAGCCUCAAACAUUCUUUUGGAUGUUGAUCACAAUGCCAAGCUCUCAGAUUUUGGUUUAGCAAUAGAUGGACCAGAUAAAGAUCAUUCAUACAUUACAACUAGUGUGAUGGGUACCCAUGGUUAUGCUGCUCCUGAGUAUAUCAUGACUGGCCGUUUGACAACCAUGAGCGAUGUGUAUAGCUUUGGAGUUGUUCUUUUGGAGCUUCUCACAGGAAGAAGAUCUGUGGACAUGAAACGAGCCACCAGAGAAAAAGAUUUGGUGGAAUGGGCUAGGCCUCUAUUGAAAGAUUACCAUAAACUUGAAAGAAUAAUGGAUCCAAGGCUUGAGGAUCAGUACUCAACUGAAGGGGCUAGAAAGGUAGCAGCUCUGGCUUAUCAAUGUCUAAGCCAUCAUGACAAGAGCAGGCCCACCAUGCGAACCGUGGUUAAGAGCUUAGACCCUCUGAUGAAACUGAAUGAUAUCCCAGUUGGCCAUUUUGUUUAUGUGGUUCCGAGUGAAGAAUAUUCACUCAAACUAGCAGAAAAUGACUGUGAUGAAAUCAAAGCUAAAGAAGAAGAGAAAAAGGAGAAAGGUCACAACAACCGGCACCGAAACAGCCGGGGUAAUAGACGCCGGGUAAAUAGCAUCAUUGAGGAAUGAAAUUCUCGGUGAUGCACUACAUGUAGAAUUUUUUGUAACAUUACUCAAAGCUUGUCAAUAUUUUCACCAGGGAAAACUGAUGGCUGUAUUUUUAUAAGCUAAGCUCAAAUAAACUCUUCCAAAUGUGUUCUUGGUUACCUUGUCAUAAAACAGUAGUGUCAUGUCAUGAUAUGCCUAGGAAAACCUCACCUCAGAAUUAUGCCUGUACUAUGU